CCCGUGACUUCUUAAUGCAAGGAGCCUAUUAAUCUCAGAAUUAAUCUAUUUUCCGUUCUGUUGUUCUUUUAGUUCAGCUGUAGGAGUUCUUAACAGAAGACGAUCGCCAAGGGCAGUUUCGUGGGAAAUCAUUAGGACCGACGUCCCGCGUGACGCAAAGAAUCUUCAAAAUUAUUUCGUAAUGUUGCACCGAAGUCAAAGCGACGCUAGCUGAAGAGUCAACAGUCGGUAGCUCGCAAUGGCUGGAUUGGAUGGAAGCGUUCUUUUGACAGGGUCCAAGUUGGCCGACAUUCUGAGAGAUAAUCCAGAGUUUAUAGAGCAGUUGAGUCUGUGCUUGGACCGGGAUAUGAGAUUAGCACCUAAUUGGAAACAUUUAGCAUCAAAACUGGAAGUUCACGUGGAUAUCAUCAGACGACUAGAACAGUACAGUGACUUCAGUCCUACCAUUCGAUUGUUUGAUUUUCUUGAAAUCUCGAAACCAGAUUUGACGAUUAAAGAACUGAAGGAAACCAUGUUGGAGAUUGGGAGAAACGACCUAUUCAGUUUACUGACUACAAAAGGUGAUUGCACAGACUCUAAGAAAGUUGUUGACGUAAUCACUUCACGAAGUAUUGAAGCUCCAUUACCCAGAGCUGGUCUUUUGGACGAACUUGCCUUGGCACUGGAUAAAAAGUCACUGGUCUUGUCAAACUGGUUUACCUUGGCGUUAAAACUGGGCGUGCCAAGAAAGACAUGCUGGACGUUUGAAAGACAAUCUAACGAAAAUCCGACCGGCCGACUGUUCCAGUAUUUGGCCACCAGUCGCCCGCAGCUGACUCUUAAAAGUUUGACGGAAGCUCUCGAUUCCAUUGAGAGAAGAGAUCUAAUGAACUUUUUUAAAAAAGAGAAAGUAGAUGAUGACGUAUUACUUAAGGAUCUCAUUACCCCUGGAUCGGAAUUCUUAGAGAGGAUAUCGCAAGAUCUUAAUCGAGAUGACAACAUCGGCGUCAAAAACUGUGUACAUCUGGCCUGUCAGUUUGAAGUACCAGCUGACGUGCGUCGAGAGUUAUCUGAUAUCAAACAAAGGAGGAAAAGUCCUACCAAAGAGAUCUUAGAAUGGGUGGCCGCUCGAUUCCCUGAAAAAACCCUAAGUUAUGUAGCAAAGGCGCUUGAUGAGAUCCAGCGAAAUGACGCCAUACAGAUAAUAUCAAGGCAUUUUCCAGACGCAAUUGACUCAGUUUUACAAGAGUUUGAGUGUUCAAUUCGGAGCAGCUUAAGCAUACCAGAUCCAAAACAUCAAUCUAGCUCCAGGAAAGAAAAGCGUAGUUCCCCUCCUACGCAUGUUGCAGAAGUACAGGAACAAUCUGGUCCCUUUCAAUGCUUGCCAGAGCGAAUACAUUUAGUGGGUCGCAGUGAUAUUUGUGAUGAAAUUAUCAGCGCCCUGUCUUCAAACGAGGCUGUUGAAAUUGUCGGACCGCCUGGCUAUGGAAAAACGUCGGUGGUAAUAGAGGUCGCUCAUCGGAUGAUCGGAAAAGAAAAAACAAUCGCCUACGUGAAAUCACGAGGUUCCAGUUGUGUUGAGGACUUGGAAGGAAAAAUAAUCGAGGCUUUGGGGUUCCAUCCCGGUGAGAACACAAUGACUGAAGUGUUUCGUCGCAUAUCUUCCUUGAAUAAGAAGAGGUUGCUGUUAAUUAUCGAGAACAUCGACAACUUGCUACAUCUUGAGGAUCAAGUUGGCAACGAUAAAAGUGAAGAGUUAAAAUCCACGAAUUACAGCACCAAAGUGUGUGGAAGAUAUAUGAAGAACGAUUUUCUGAUGUUUUUUAAAGACUUGGGCCAAAGGCCAAAUGUUCAACUUCUCCUGACAUCAAGAGAAAGCUAUGAUUUUAGUGUGUAUUUCCCAGUUAAACUGAUUGAUUUAGAACCUCUUAAUGACAAGGAUUCAGCUUCCAUGUUUGCAAUGUGUGACGACAGUCUCGAGGAAGGCCUGAUCGAAGAUCUUGUUGGAGUUUGUGGUGGUAUUCCCCUGCUAAUCUGCGUAGUAAUCGCAAUUCUAAAGAGAGAAAAUCCCCAGGAAGCGGCCCGAAGACUUUCCACAUCCUCACCAAGUUCUCUUGCUAGAGAACUAGACGCUGAUUUUCUAGCCAAUGAGGAUCGCAUUCACAAGUGUCUUCAAAUUUGUUUUGAUCGCUUGAGUCAAGGAAACCAGAAGAUUCUCGUUAUGUCCUCCACAUUUCCGUGCACAUUCACUCCAGAGCAAAUCCAAGCAGUCUUUAAGUCAUCAGUCGAAAGUGAUUUGCAAACGUGUCUGAAUUCCCUUAAGCAAACUGACUUUGUUCGCUUCGACAGAACAAGAUGUGUCUUCUCUCUUCAUCCUUUCAUAAAAGAUUUUUGCUCACUUAAGCCGGGUCAUACAGAAGCCAAAUCAACUUUCAUUCGUCAUUACAGUGACUUGGCUGUUACUCUUUGCAAAACUUUCUUAAGUAAAGAUUGGAAGUUAGCAAUUGAUUGCUAUAGAUUUGAAAAGGACAACUUUCGAGAAGCCAUGGCUUGGUGUAUAGACGAUCAUCCUGAGCUUCACCAAUCCGUAAGGGAGCAAUGCACUAAGGCCUUCAACAAGGCAGCUGUAUUUCUUGCGAAAGUGAUGAGCAAACAAGAGUUUCAGUCGCUCUUUUGCAAGCUUGUGUAUCUUUGCCGCUUUGACAUGCAUCUCCACAGUGCUUGCUUGACGAACAUCGGAAUGCAAAUAGUUUUAAGCUGCACAUGUACCCCUCACAUCUGUCCAAGAGCCUUGAGUAAAGCAAAGGAACAUUUGACUGAGGCAAAUGACAUUCAUUCCACACUAACGAACGCUAAGGACACCACUCGUGCCCAAUGCUUGAGCAAGCUAGGAUUCUGUUAUGUUCACGAGGGCCGCGUUCAAGAGGGUUUUGAUUACAUCGCCACUGCUUUGAAGUUGCGAACGGAAGAAGCAAAGGAAUUCAAGAAGAGCAAAGACGAAGUCAUGUUGGCUGAUUGUUUUAAUGAUUUGGCUGCUUCUCAAAUGGUGCAGAGAAGGCAUAUGCUGGCUAUCCAGAUAAGGCUGCUAUAUGUGCUUCCUGUUUAUGAAACGAACCUCGGUGACCACCCGUUUACGGCUACAACACUCAAUUCGAUUGGUAACAGCUACCACGCUUUGGGUGACUACGACAACGCUAUUAAACAUAUCAGUAAAUCAGUAGAGAUACGAAGACAACUUUUGGGGCAUCGUCAGGAAACUGCGGGGUCUCUACAUGAUCUAGGUGUGGCUUACAGCGCGAAACAAGACUUUGAAACAGCCCUGGAAUACCUAUACGAAGCAGCUGAAAUACAAGAAGAAAUAUCAGAGAGUGAUGAUAAGCUAGUUCACACUCACCAGGCCAUUUCGAUUGCUUUGCGUGGUCUUCAAAGAAACAGGGAGGCAGAGGACAUUACUCCAUAUCAUGUUUUGGCUCGAGGUGAAAAAGCUAUAGCAGCUUACCAUAGAGCUUUAAAGGACGGCGAAAUAAUUGACAGACGUGUCAAAGUUAUGCUGAUUGGCCAGGACCGUGCCGGAAAGACCAGUGUUGGAAAGGCCUUGAAAGGCGAGAAAUUUGACCCUAAAGAAUCAAGUACAGAUGGAGUAGAGAUGCACGAGGUCCUGAAAAAUGUUGGUGUUCUGCCAUGGAAGAGUUCCAUGUUGACAAACAAAUCGACGCCCUACCAGCACAAAUGUGCCGAGUUAAUAAGUAGUGAUUUGUUGACUGGAAAAAAUCAAGAAUCAAUGACUACACCAAAGUCAAGAAAAUUUCCAAACUCGAGCUUAUCUCUUGAACAAGCACAAAAACCUGGCGAUAAAGUUAAGGAUGAUGGUCGAUCUGCUGUAAGUACACGGCCUGACACAGAACCAGAUCUUUCUGUGCACCUCCAGUUUAACUCAGCAUCAGAGCCAGAGGUGUGGAAACACGAGACGUCCUCCGCACCACAGGAAAAGUAUGACGAAGAAAGGCAAAUAGGGCCUUCUCCCAACCAUUCCUCGAGGGAAUUCGAGAGAGAGUCUUGGAAAAAUAUUUCUGGCAUUGUGUACGAACGUCUACAAAGAAAAGAUUCUGUUAGUGAACAAGGAAUUUGGCCGAUUAUUUGGGAUUUUGCGGGUCAGGCUGUUUACCGUGCCAUCCAUCCUAUCUUUAUGUCAUCCCGGGCAAUUUAUCUGUUGAUGGUUGAUCUCUCGAAAACUCCUUUCGCUCCAGCCCAGUGUCAAGUUCAAGAAGAAGGUCACCCAGAGGCUUCUGUUCCCGCUCCCGAUUGUAAUGAUACGAACUUUGAUCAUAUCAUGAGGUGGAUGGACUUGGUACACUCCCUAGGACGCUCAAACAAAUUCCCACCCGUGAUUCUUGUUGGAACACACGUUGACGAAGUAGACAACCCUGAACAGAAACUUCACGAUUUAAAAUGUUUCCUCUACCAUCAUUCGAAAGUUUUCAUCCAACACAUUGCAGCAACCUUGAUUGUUGAUAGCACCAAAGCUGAAAUAGAAGAAGAUACGCGAAUUACCAAACUGCGCGAGGAAGUAGUAAAGAAUGCUGAAGAAUUAGAUCAGACGAAAGAAAAAAUUCCUCUGAAAUGGCUCCAAGUCGAAGACAGAGUAUAUGACGAGGCCGAGAAAGGUGAAAAUUACAAAACAAGGAAAAAGUUUAGGUCGGACAUAGUCGACAAAAUCUGUCAGUUUGAAAUGGAAGACGACUAUGAACACCUUUUGAACUUCCUUCAUGAUCGCGGCACUAUCGUGUACCAUGUCCAGGCCGAGGAUCCCGAUGGGUUGAUUGUGCUUGAUCCACGAUGGCUAAUUGAUGUGCUCUGUAAAAUAGUCUCUGCCAAAACCCACCAGGAUGAAAACAUGUCUAUUUUUGCACUCCGACAAGUUCUUCAAGCAAAAGGUCUUUUUCAUGAAGAACUACUCGACCAUGCGUUUAGCGCCCAGAAACUGUCUGACAUUAAAGAAUCCUUGUUAUUUACGAUGGAAAAGUUUAACCUCCUUUGUAAACUCGACAGCAGAGAUGACAAGCCCGCUUUCUUGGUCCCAUGCAUGUUGACCAAAACGCGAGAAGAAGAUCUGAUUGGUCCAGAAUAUGAAGGAUAUGCUCCUGCGUACAUCACAUUUGACACCAGUUAUGUUCCUGCUGGGCUCUUCUGUAGAAUUCUUGUCCUCCUUGGUAAGUGGGCUGCAGCAAAAACCAGUUGUGACCAGCAACAGUUCUUUUCCAAUGCGGCCCGACUUAUUAUUGGAGAAUGUACCUGUCUGGGGCUUGUGUGCCACAAAAGUGUCAUAAAGGUACACAUUUGGUCGAUGGACUCUUCCAAUCCGGUAAAAAGUAAUCUAACACGUGCACUCUGCGAGGAAGCCUUCAGAUUUCUCGAGAAGACUCUGACGACUCUGAAAAAUGAGUGUCACUGGAUGCACGAAGUUUCCUGGAUGUUCUCUGGUAAAUGUAACCGGUGUCCAGGAAAAGUAAAUCCCGAGACUAAGAAUUGCUUUCGGCAUGAAAAAAGGGGAUGCGACAAUGAUGACUGUGCCCAUUAUGUUGCCCUAAAAUGUCGCCCCUUCUGUUGUGAAAAUGCUAAAGGUCCUGAUCUGCGCCUUCAGCACACUUGGAUACAGGCAUUGUCUUCCAUGGAGAGGAAUAGCGCAUCCACCAACCAAACAAACAUGAGUUCAAGAGAGGUUAAAUGUUUUGGAGACCUAAUCUCCAAGGAGGCAUCUUCUAUCGCAGGUAGACUGGAGCAACCAGCAGUAGAACUGUUGAGGAGCGAACUAAACGAAGAGCCUGGGCCGAGCAACAAGUCCUUAGUAGAAAUUAUGCUACAAAGUACAAACUACCCCAUUCUUAAAUAUACGGAGUUGAUUAACAACAACAGAGAAAGUGUGAUUAAAAUAUUUAGAGAGGCAUUACCUACACAAAAAGGAGUCAUAGGUCCUCUGCUGUCACCCAAUAUGCUUAUCCAAGACAUACCUUACUCAGCUCGAAGAGAACUGACUAAAAAAUUAAACGCGAACGAUAGUUGGAAAGCUUUAGCAGAGAGACUUGGUUUCGACAACACUACCAUCCAAGGGCUCGACAAAAAAAGAGUAGAAAAUCCAGCUGAUGAAGUCUUGAAGUCUUGGGAGGUCAAGCGCCAUAGCACAGUAGGAAGAUUGUAUGAAAUUCUGGUCGAGCUAGAGUGUCCGGUCAUAGCUGAUCGUUUGUAGAGAGCAAAUUUUCCCAGAGGAACUGUUUUUGCAGUAACCGAAACAGGAUGUCUUUCGAUUGUAUGUAGUAGAACUAAAACCUCAGUAAUCACAACGACCAACCAGAACAAUCAAAACUCAAAGAGAAAGUGCCCGAAGCGCUGCAAAACGGGAGUGAAUCUUUCGUAGUUUUUUUUAACUUUUGCAUUUGAUUUGUUGAGACAGCACCGCGAGUUUGUUCUACCAAUGACUUUCCCUUAUUGUAGACGUCCCACUGACACCCGGAAGUCAAAUGUUUCACUUUGCUGGCUCCCACUGUGCUUUCUGUUCUAUCAAGUUUAAAUACAGGUUUUCAUUAAUCAAGUGUGGAGUCAAAGUGCACGAUAGAUAGCUGAGGAAAAAGUGUGGUCGCUAUGCGAACCGCAACAACGUUUUUGCCACUGAUGGCUUUUACUGUCAAGGUGACCUGUAAAAGCUACCGUGUCUGGUUUUUAAACAAAUUAUAUCCCAGGUCGCGGUUUUACAAUUGUGAAGUUGGAUUUUUUUUUUAAGGAAAAUCACGUGAAUAUUAGAAUCUUUCACUCAGGAUGUUUAGGGAAUUAUUUCUUUUUUGUGUGUUUGAAUAGGUUCAGAGCCGAUAAAUUGUAUUGUAACAAAACUGAGUUAAAUAAAGUUAAUUGGAAAAAGUUAAUACUGAUCAAGAAAUACAAAUGGUGCUGUCCUAGAUUACUUGGUUUUAAGGUGAAUUGUAGUGAAAAGCUCUUAAGUUCACCAAAUUAUUAUACAGUGGUGUUGAGCAUAAAAACCCACUCGACCAAUUCAGAUUUCAUACUCUCAGUAGUCAUUGUAAUAUGCUUGAAUCAGCUAAAAGAAAAAUAUGGAGGAAACUCCGUACCAAACUUGGUUGAUCCGUUAGAGAACAAAUCGUGUGUAUCUCUUAGUUCAAAAGUAGUCAUUGGACACUUAUUCGCCUGGGGACUUCUAUACGAACUCCAAUGUGGUGAUGGAGACAUUGUAACUCCAUUUUAUUUACGCAGUUGUGAUGCCUUUAAACUUAGGGUUGUGGGCUAGAGUGACCCAGAUGACGAUGACUUAUGUAAAUAUUUGUCACGUAGAUGGUAGGUUUUUCAGAUUAUGCUAUCUUGGUGUGGAAAUUUUGUCAUUAAUGCACACUCUUAUUUUUUUAGACAUGUUUUGGUUGACAUCAAUUUUUUUAAUGAUUGAAUAUGUGAAAACACUAGAAGUUGUACCUGUAAGACAUUUUAAGAUCUAGGUAGCUUGAAGUUAAACGAUUAAUAAAAAUGAUAAUUC